UGUUUGUGUUUUUUUCGUUCGUUCUUUCUUGCCUUCCUUAAUUAUAGUAUUUUCGCUUACUCGUUACCUCAGCGCUAUUUAUUUAAUUGCGGAGUCAUUAGGGCUUAAUAGUGGGAGCAUAAUUAAAUCGAGACAAUUCACGUCAACUUUAUUGUGUAGUUGCUUUUUGUUCUAAUUUUGUUUUUUCUCAUAUAACCUCAAAAUGUUCGCUCCAAAAUAUCGGCUUCGAAGAACGCCGGCUGAUGUCUUCCAGCUAAUGUAUCCCAGCCAUUUUCGUACGCGUUAUUACACCAAAAACAACAAUUGCUGUGGGCAUACAUUGAGGCCACGUCCGACCAUCUAUCGACGGCGAUUUAUAAGACCUUUGUUACUACCAACACCAGAUCAUCCAAAUAUGAAUGGCUACAGUCGCAAGUCACCAUCAAAGCGUCGCUAUGAGGGCUCGAAGUAUCCGGUGUUGCCGAAGAAGAAGCCGCGUACGGGCAAGGAGCGUGUACCACAACCGAAGAAUACCGUCGCCAUGCUGAAUGAGCUGCGUCAUGGCUUGGUGUAUAAAUUGGAGUCGCAAACUGGGCCGGUGCAUGCCCCGCUGUUCACCAUUUCCGUUGAGCUUCUACAUCUAUCGUUGUACGGCCACCCCAUGUUCCUGGCACGGCCUUCCAAAGCCCAGUUUCCCAUUAUUGUUGACUUCACUAUUGCUGUUCGUAUUUAUUUCCGUUUCCGUUCCACUAGCAACGGUAGCCGAGCACACAACCACUCACUCACCACUUUCAACUACUCACCGCUCGCCAAGUUGACUUUUCUGUUACUUAAUAAGAGUAGAUAG